AGCCACUGACGUCAAUCGCCAAGUGUCACUCGCCCAUCCAGCAGCCAUCAAAGAUCCAAGAUCCAAACCAAAACGGUUCUGAUUCCAUUUUACUAGCUAGUUGUUGCGGUUCAGAAGAUCCGAUAGAAGACCACCCCGUUGCCAUUAUCCAGGAGAGUUCCUCAAGAUGCGGUUCCCAUUGAUUGCGACAUGCCUGCUGGUGGCUCCGACUGGUGCUUUUGUGGUAGUACAGCCACCCAAUACUUCUCCAUUGUCAUGCUGGCACAAAAUGGCCAGUAGCAGCGACGAUACUACCGCCCCCACGGUAGUGACCGACGAAUCCGCUUCCGACCCCAUUUCCAAGGACAAUCCUCCUCCCGGUGUCAAAUUCAUUGAAUGUCCAGAAGAUGAGGUCGACAUGCCCUUUUAUACGCUCGGAGUUAAUUUGGCCAUGCAAGUGGGACAAAAUCUGGGGACGCUCUUGACGGAUCGAGAAUGCGAUUUGGUCGCCAAAGGAUUUGCCGAACACUUGAAGGGCACAUUGACCAAACAAGGAUUGGAUGGACAAACCAUUUUGCAAAAUUUUGGACCGGCCGCCAAUCAAUUAUUGCAGGAACGAACCCUCCAACAAGUCGACAACCACAAACAGGCCGGACAAGAGUACGCCGACCAAUUUUUGAAGGAUCAUGCCGCCGCCACACAGAGUGACAGUGGAUUGAUUUAUCUGGAAACACAAGCCGGGACGACAGACGUCAAACCGACGUUGGAUUCGACCAUCCAGUUUCAUUAUCACGGGACCAUGGCGGUCAGCGGUCAAGUCGUCGAUUCGUCCGUCGUGCGUGGGGAUUCACAUACCCUGCCGUUGAAUCAAGCCAUUCCAGGUCUCAAGGAGGCACUGUUGCAAAUGACGGAAGGAACCAAGGCUACACUAGUCAUUCCAUCCGAUUUGGCCUACGGCGAUGCGGGGGGUGGACAAGGACUCAUUCCGGGCGGCACCACACUCCAAUUCGAGGUCGAAUUGAUCAAAGUUGUACCGGCCAGUGAAGCUUUGGGCAAGGACGACGAAGCCUGGAAUGCAUGA